UCAAAGCUGACCCAUUUUCUGAGAAGAGACUGGCAUAAGAAAUGGGCGAGAGAGCAGGGGCUUGAUUGCGAGUAAGCGAACUCAAAAGAAUUGUCCCGGCAAUGGCUUUGCAUUUCGUGUAUGUCUGUGUGACCGUGCUCUUUCCUCUGGCUUUGGCAAUCGGCGUACAACGUGGCACAUUAGAAUCUGUUCCAGAGCUUGAAAAGGCUAUGUAUGUAGGAGUAAAUGGAACUCCUUGCGUGAGGCUUCUGAAUCUAUCAGGAGAGAUUGGGUGUGCGAAUCCAGGUCGUGUGAAAAUUACAGCUCCAUUAAGGCGGCUUGAAAAAGCCAGGGAUCAGCUGGAUCAACGUUCAGCAAUUCUUUUGCCAUUACAUGAAUUUGACAAUUUCUUAAACAGGGUGGUAGAUGAACCAAGAUUUGCUCAGUAUGUAGCAGGUCUAUUACUUGAAUAUGAGCCCAAAAACCAAUUCCAGGGAUCAGGGUUUUCUCCGGACAAGACAUUUCCACAGGCAGAAUUUGCCCCUUACAAGAACAACACAUAUCAAUGGAAUCCUGUUGGAAGCAGUAUCCUGUAUCAUAGCUACGACUUUCCUGUAUUUAUGCUCUCUCAGGAAAGCACUGAAGUUUUGCAAAAGGUUUCUGCAUCCAAUAAAAAACAGAAUUUCAAGUAUCCAGUAAAUGUGGCAGAAUUUGAUCUAGUCAUGCAGACAACUAAAUCUGGCACACAUGACUCUCGCUCCUGUCUUGAAGAAGGAUCCUGUUUGCCUCUUGGAGGUUACAGUGUCUGGUCUUCACUUCCGCCCAUUAAUGUUUCAUCUUCAUCACCAAAGAAGCCUAUUAUACUGGCAAUAGCAACAAUGGAUUCUAUGUCAUUUUUUCGAGACAAGACUCUUGGAGCCGAUUCUCCUUUGUCUGGAUUGAUAGCGUUGUUGACGGCAGUUGAUGCCCUCUCACAUGUUGAUGGAGCAAGCAAAUGGGAAAAGCAGCUGGUUUUUUUGGUUGUCACGGGGGAAGCAUGGGGUUAUCUUGGGAGUCGACGAUUUCUUGCUGAGCUUAACUCUAGUGGAGAUUCAGUUAAUGGGCUGAGCAGUGAAUUAAUUGAACAGGUAGUGGAAGUCGGUUCUGUUGGCAAAGCUAUGGUGAAGGGGAUUCCUACAUUCUUUGCUCAUGAUCAACAGGAUUCUGACAGGGCAAAGGCCAUUCUAGAAGCUUUGGAACAGGCUGCUGCAUCAUUUGGAACAGAAGCAAUUAAAGUUAAAAAAGCAAGCACUUCUAAUCCUGGCAUACCUCCUUCGUCAUUAAUGUCUUUUAUAAACAAGGACCCUUCAACACCAGGGAUUGUCUUGGAAGACUUUAAUACGACCUUUACGAAUGAGUUUUAUCAUAGUCAAUUGGAUGACUUGUUAAAUAUUAACUCUACCUCAAUCGCAGCGGCAGCUUCUGUAAUUUCACGAGCCCUAUAUAUUCUGGCAAACAAUGGUUCAGGAAGCAAUUCGAUAAUGCAGUCAAUCAAUGUGAAUGAAUCUCUUGUUGAAGAACUGUUAGAAUGUUUACUGUCUUGUGAACCAGGGCUAUCUUGUAGAUUGGUUGGCAAUCUCAUGACACCUACCCAAGUCUGUCCAAACCACUAUGUUGGCGUUCUUCUAGGUGCUCCGUCAUCGGCUCUGUAUCCUGAUUACGUUGAUGACACUUCCCAAUUUGUUUGGAAUUUCCUUGCCGAUCGUACCUCCAUUCCAAGAGAUGAUGCUCAGCCUUGCUCACGAGAUUGCACGAAUUCAAGUGAAGUCUGUGUUGGUUUAAGAGCAGACCAAAAAGGAGUGUGCAUGAUUUCAACAACAAGGUAUGUACCAGCAUAUUCAACACGUCUGAGCUAUGAGUCUGAUGCUUGGAAGGUGAUUCCUGUUCAAGCUAAUGAUGAAAUGGGUAUGAUUGAUCCAGUUUGGACUGAGAGCUUUUGGAAAUCUCUUGGGGUUCGAGUUUACAUACAACAGAGCACCUUCUUUGACGAGCUUAUUUUGUUAUCAGGAUUGGGAGUAACUGUGGGAUCUUUUAUUGCAAUAAUAUGCACCAAAGCAGUUCUUAUGAAGGCUCUCAAGAAUGACUAGAAUGUCAAUGGGCAACCUUUAUGAUCAUUUUGUCAAUGUGUAAAUUAUAUGACUGCUUAGUCCAAGCAUUUAAAGUACUUGUUUAGAGGUUUGGAGAGUUUUGUCGCAGGACAACAGGAUUGUCAGACUAAGGGAGAAAGAAGAAGAUGUAAUGUUCCACUGCCUGCUAUAACAUCCAUAUUUGGGAUGACAAAAGAAGUGAAAAAUGCAGGUGGUAAAUUGGAUAAUUCUAGUGCGAGUAUUUCUUGCCAAUCAAUUUCUGAUUCGCAUAUUUAUUUGGCAGAUAAUGAACUGUCCACAAUUUUGGUUGACUUAUGUAUUUUUGGUCAGACAAUUUGUAUACCUAUUGAAUUCAGGGAAAAAUAUUAUGUUUCACCGGAUACAAUUCUUUUCCAUUCCCUCAAGAAACAUAUUGUUCCAAAUAACUUCUAAAUUUUUAUUUCAAAAAUAUAGUUUUUAGCAUGAA